AUGGACCCGUUUUCCGCUGCGGCUGGCAUCGCGGGGUUGAUCUCGUUAGGGGUCCAAGUGACAGGAUCUCUCGUCAAGUUUUAUACUUCUUACAAAGGCCAAGAGAUUGACGCGACUCGAACGACAGCGAAACUUCAAACCCUCUUGAGCACGUUCCAACUUAUUCAGGCUACACUCCAGAGUCGCACCUUUCAGCCAAAUGAACAGGAUCUGAUUAAGAAUAUCGAAUCUUCCAUCCACCAAUGCGACGAGCUUAUCCACGAACUCGAAGAAGAGUGUAAGAAAUGUGAGAAGGCAUCUGCCACCAGCAUCAAUGCCACUAUCAGAGCCACUGGCCGCCGAGCAGCGUACCCGUUCCGUCAAAGUACCCUGCAGAAACUUGAUGAAGCCAUUGGCGAGAUACUUCAGAUUUUAUCACUAGCGCUAGACGUACUACAGCUCCGAGACCACAAAAACAUCCAGGACGAUAUCGCCGAACUCAAGUCGCUUCUCGAGGUCGUGAGAGCGACUCAGGUCUCAGCGACAAUCCGUACCUGGUUCAACGCCCCAGACGUAACGAUCAAUCAUAACGCCGCGUGCGCUAAACGCCAUCCAGGGAGAGGCAUCUGGUUCGUCAAGGGAUCCGCCUUCAAGAACUGGUUGACUCGGGAUAACUCUUUUCUCUGGCUCAACGGAUUUGCAGGAUGUGGGAAAUCGGUCUUAUGUUCGACUGCCAUCCAGUACACCUUUCGUCACAAACGGUCUGAUCCCGGCGUUGGCAUUGCGUUUUUCUAUUUCACAUUUAACGAUGAGUCUAAACAAGACGAGUCUGCUAUGCUACGAGCACUGAUCUUACAGCUAUCAGGUCAACUGUCCGAUCCCCAGACAGACCUAGCUCGUCUACAUGGUUCCUACAGCACGAGCGUCCCUCCGGUAACACUUCUGAUAUCGCAUCUCCGACAACUCGUUCAGAAGUUCAAUCAGGUGUAUAUCCUGCUUGACGCACUGGACGAGAGUCAACGAGAGCAGGUUCUGGAUGCGAUAGAAACUAUGCUAAACUGGUCCUUGACAAGGCUGCACGUACUGGUGACUAGCCGAGACGAGCCUGAUAUUCGUGACUCUCUGAGUCCUUUAGAGGAUGAAGAUGUAACCAUGAGGAAUGCCGAAAUUGACCAGGAUAUCAGCUACUUUAUCUCGGAUCAAUUGAAUACUAACCGGAAGCUCCGAAAGUUACGUGCGUAUCAUGACCGGAUCCAAAAAUUAUUGGCUGAACGAUCUCAAGGAGUAUUUCGUUGGGUUGAGUGCCAACUCAAGUCUCUCAUGGAAUGUCCACAGAGUGAAUAUUAUCUUGAUCAGUGCCUGCAAUCAUUACCACGGACUUUGGACGAGACAUACGAGCGAAUCUUGUGUAGCAUAAACAAGAGCUGGAUUGAAGACGCCCGACGAAUUCUGACUCUAUUGUGCUUCUCAUCCCGACCAUUGGCAGUCCAAGAACUCAUAGAUGCAGUCGCCAUCCAGCUUCACGAGCCGGCAGGCCUGAAUCUCCGACGUCGACUACACGAUGCUGACGAUUUCCGCCUGUUAUGUCCCGGGCUGAUCGAUGUAGGCGCCAAGGUAAACAAUGAGACACAUGUUGAUUCUGAUGGAAGCAAGGAAAUAGAACGGAUAGUGCCGACACUACGUAUCGCUCACUUUUCGGUACAAGAAUACCUCGAAUCUGAUCGCAUCCGUGAGCAACAAGCAGACGCAUUUGCCUUAGAAAGUGCCUCAGCACAUGCAGAGAUAGCGGAAAUAUGUCUUGUAUACUUACUGGAACCGGGGCUGUCCAGCGGAACCCUAGACCAAACCGCGCUUGAGGAGUUUCCAUUAGCUCGCUUUGCUGCCAGGUUUUCGGGAUGUGUUGGGAGCGGUGCAUUCGCGGCGGUAUAUUCGGCGAGCGGUGCAUUCGGCGUUUGGGUCUUGGCGGGAAUUCACCAUAGUAAUUUGCCUCCUGCUCCUGCUUAUUCUCCUCCUCCUCCUCCUCCGUCUACAGCUCCUGUUAACGUGGAGAGCGUCCUUGAUACCCCUCCUCGUGGAUCUGCCGCCGGCGCCGUCACCAUCGCCACCACCACCACAACGGUUGAUCGGUCCUUCCCAACUCCUGACGAUGAAGAAAAAGAAGAAGAGGAAGAAGAAGCUCUAGAUGAGGCAUUUAUACCCCCUCUCUCAACGGCGCCAGCAGUGAUGACGCAAUCGAGAGCUGGCCGCAAGAGAGCGCCCACAAUGAAAGCAUUAGAGGCCGAAAAGGCGCCAAAACGGGGUACAGGGCAGGGCAAGGGCAGGGGCAGGGGCAGAGCAGGCAGAGAGGCAGAGCGAUAG